AUGAAGAUUACCUAUAUACAUGCUGAAAAUAUAUGGCAUACAUUUGAUAUAAAGACUUUUGGUGAAUAUAGCGAUCUUUAUUUAAAAACUGAUAUUGUCAUACUAGCUGACGUGUUCGAAAAUUUUAGAGACUUAUGUUUAUCUACUCUCGAACUAGAUCCUGCUCAUUAUAUGACUGCUCCCGGGUUUGCUUUUGACUGUAUGCUGAAGUAUACCAAGGUCAAAUUAUCAAGGUUAAUGGAUUAUGACAUGUUGCUUCUCUUCAAAAAGUCAAUUAGAGGUGGCAUUUGCCAAUCAACUAAAAGAUAUGUCAAAGCAAACAUACCAAAUAUCGAAGGAUUGGACUUGAAUUCGAAUGAACCGAUCACAUGGAUUACAUAUCUCGACUGUGUGAAUUUGUAUGGGAAGUCUAUGUUAACAGAAUUACCUUUUAAAGAUUUUGAAUCUGUUGACGAUCUCGACAUAGAUGUAACCAAAAUUGCUGAUGAUUCUAAGGUUGGAUAUAUAUUAGAACUUGAUAUUGAGUAUCCUAAACAUCUUCAUAAAAAUUAUAACGAUUUUCCAUUUUUACCUUUUAAUGAAUGUCCACCAAAUUCGAAAGUUAAAAAAUUACUCACUACACUAUCAUCGAAAAAAAAACUAUGUAGUUCAUUAUAA